AUCGAAACAUCAUCACUGUACUGUGCUUAUCUCUGUGGAUUGCGACUCCCUCCCUCCCUCCCUCACCGUGACCUGCGGCGGACGCAAUUCGGUCGAGUCGCAGUCGACGAGCUGCAGCAUCCUCCAGGUUGGAGCCUCGCCUGACAGUCGAUCGUCGUGAAUGGGCGGCCGAGAAAUUUCUCGACCCCCGCACCGUGCUGCAGUUUGCAUUCCACUCACGUGAAUCGAAAUUUGUGGUCCGGAAAGGUGUUGCCAUGGCUACUCGUUGCACGACAGAUGGUCUGUCGUGUCCCUGCGUCCAGACAACUAAUUUCUUGCUGCAGAGAGUUCGUUCUUCGCAGAUUGGGGUGAAGCGAUUUGCCGGUGGGAGUGAUGUUGUGGUUUUAAGGCAGGGCAGAUCACAGGAAGGGAGCUCGAGGUUUCGAAUCGAAAGGAUUCAUAGCAAUCCCCGGUGCUAUCGACAGGAUGGCAAUGGCGGAGGUUCGGAAUCGAGCAGUUCGGGUUCUCGGGAGAAGAUCGUCUCCACGGGAGAGAUGUACCCUAAUUCCAAGGCCCAUGAGAGAGGGGAUUUGAAAGUGUCGGAUCUGCAUACUCUCUACUAUGAAGUUCAUGGAAAUCCCAAGGGCAAGCCGGUGGUGUUUCUUCACGGGGGCCCAGGGGCAGGUUGCACCGAGAGGCAUGCUCGUUUCUUCGAUCCUCAACAUUACAGAAUCGUUCUGUUCGAUCAAAGGGGCUGCGGAAAAUCCACACCCCGAGGUUGUCUGGAAGGGAACACCACAUGGGAUUUGGUCGAAGACAUUGAGAAGCUCAGGGAGCACCUGGGCGUGACGAAAUGGAUGGUCAUGGGUGGGUCGUGGGGAGUGACACUGGCUCUAGCUUAUGCUCAAAAGCAUCCCGAGGCUGUGGCAGCCAUGAUUCUUCGAGGAGUUUGCAUGCUUCGUCAGCAAGAGCUCGACUGGCUGUACAAGCAGGGUGUGAAUCUAUUGUUUCCAUUCGCCUGGGGUCAAUUGAUGACUGUUCUGGACGAGUCAGAACGUGAAGAUGCGGUAUCAGCAUUUUACAAGCGUCUGACAUCAGAUGAUUAUACCGUAGCUCAAUCUGCAGCUCAAGAGUGGUUGAGAUGGGAGAUGGGUUUGAGUUUCUUCUCCACAUCUCAAACAAAUGUCCUGGCUUGGGAUGGAAAGCAGUACGCGUAUGUACCCCUUGCCACAGAGGUGGAGUCCCAAUCGGAGAAAGUAGCAACUGCUUCCCAAAAUGCAGCAUCCCCGCAUUCAUCUCCUUCCACUGCGUCGACAUUUGUAUCGUCGACAGUUGCUCAAGCACGGUUGGAGUGCCACUAUGUUGUGAACAAGGGGUUUUUGAAAGAAAAUCAACUCCUUGAGGGUGUGGCUCAAAUGAGGCACAUUCCGGGGACGAUCGUCCAAGGUCGGUACGAUUUUGUAUGCCCUGUCAGCAACGCCUAUGACCUUCAUCGUUCUUGGCCAGAGGCCGAAUUGCGUGUGGUACCAAAUGCGGGACACUCCAUGUAUGAAUCGGGCAUAAUCAAGGAACUGGUCAGAGCUACGGAUCAGUUCAAAAGGCUAGACUAUUGAUUAUGUUUUGGAAGAAAAUUUUGUCAACCAUUCAAUAUUUUUUUAAUUAGAUCAAAACCUGUAUAGUCUACAGAAAAUCGGGCCUUCCAGCUCCAUGGGAAGCAUGACAUUGUCGCUCUCAAUACGUUUCUACCACCUCGUUGCCUGACCAGUCAAAGAUGCCGAGCCUCGGCGGUGGUAUAUACACAUUGUUCACUUACUGAUCCUACCUUUUAGGCAACUCACAGAAUUAGGUUGUGUUGCACAGAGGAUCACUUACUGGGAUUGAUACCGAGUUGUGUCGGAAAACACUUUCUACUUUGUCUUAAGAUUUGCUCCCCUGAAAUUAAAUGUAUGAUAUCCUAUCUUAGAUUGCAUCUUACAUGCGUACAUUCCUCCGACACCCGACCAGAGUACUGUACAUCAUAUCGUAAGGAAGUGUCAGGGGGAUUUACAACUGUAAUGAGGUCGGACCAUAUGAGACUUCAUUUAAGUUUCAUCUGCACAUGCCAAUAACCAGGUACUUGAUUCGAUGAAGACUUGGGAGAAUUUUGGUUUCUGGAACAAGUGAAAUCAGUCGAUUUCAACUUGCCCAAGGACGACGUCAAUACAGAGGUUCCGUGUAUCGAUCCCAGCUGCAUGUCCAGAACGAAAAUCACGUAGCUAACCUGAAGUGAUGUCCACGUAGAGAUUUCACCAAAGUUGCCUAUCCAGUAAACUGUAAGUGACGUACAGAAUACAAACCAAGUGAGGAAAACAUCACCAGUAUCCCAUGGAGAAUCCCUCGGUUUUCUAAGAUGGAAAAGUUCACUAUUUCGCUG